AUGUGGGCGCCGGCGAGAAGACUCGCAAAGGAGGCGGAGUACAAGGCAGCCAUGCGCAAGAAGGGGGAGGCGAGCAUGGCUGAUGGUUUGCCUGCUGAGAAAGUGUCAGGCGGGUCGGGGUGGCGAGCAGGAAGAGGCGAUAGUGAAUGUGGGCUCUACAGUACAGUGUCUCUCAGGCUAGCGAAGGGAGACUUAGGAGACUUAGGUCUACUACUGUACUGGAGACAAGACUGUAGGCAUGGUAUAUGCUUACAGAAAGAGGGCGCCGAGCGCGUGCCCGGCGAGAAGACGUUGCAUUGA